AUGGAAAAAGCUUGGAUUUUCUUAUUGGUAAUGUGGACGGCUUAUAUACCGACAAUUUUAACAUCUGGGACACUAGAUGUAUAUUGUCAGGAGUUAACAGAUCCAUCAGGCCAUACAAUGAAAUAUCAGCAGAACGGAUGGAAGGUUGGGGCAAUAGUAGAGUACAAAUGCUUGCCGGGGAGCAGUUAUUAUUCCGGGGAAUUCACAAAAAAAUGUGUGGCCAAUCCAUCGGGCUAUGGUGAAUGGGUUGGUGAUGACUUGAAAUGUACAGGCUGUUGUGAUUUCGAGAUGACACCGACUACGAUCAUUGUAUACAAUCCCAAUAUAUUGCAGCUUGACCCUGAUGAUAUUCCUCAAGGUGGUGUAACAAUGAAUUAUAGUAUAUCCUCUAGUGAACUCAACAACACGUUCUGUUUAGAAACGUGGAUAGAUGUCACUAGGUUAGAACAACAGAAUACAACUGUUAUUAAGGUGUCAAACACCUUUGGAAUGAUAAUCAGUAAUUCCCUUGACAACAUUGAGCUCCUUGCAUAUCUCACCUCAAAUGAUGCAACAGAGGUUCACAUGGUAAAACUAAAUAUGGAAUUCGUGAAACAUUCAAAUAUACUUCAAAUAACUAUGACAAGAGAUGAGGAAAUGGUCGGAUACUUUCUAAAUGGAGUCCAAAUCUUCACCAGUGUAACAGCAGAACAAGAAACCCCAUUGAAUGAAACCACAAAGGAGUUUCUUGUGUUUGCAGGUGGUAACGUCACUAUCUAUUCAGUGCAUCUGCAAAACGCCGGCUGCUUUGAGACUGAGACAUAUAAAAAUGCCCAAACAAUGACGAAAACUGGCUGUGAGAGUAAGACAUCAGAUAAUAGUAUAAGACUAUCAUGUCAGGGGGACGAUGUGCUAAUAGUUGAUACUGUCGAAGUUGGACAAAGCAACAACACCAAUGGUAUCAACUAUAUGUGUGGGUUUGAAUUCAACUCCUUGUGCAAUAUUCAGCCAGUUGGAAACAUCAAUGAGAUCAAGGGCAAGUGUGAUAAGCAAAAUAAGUGCACAGUAAACUAUGAUGAUUACUCCAAUCUCAGACCUGAUGAUUGUGAUGAAAGCCACAACGUAACAGCAGUUAUCAAAUACCACUGCAUAAGAAAGCAAAAUAUGUAUCCUCGGAAUAUAACAACAUCACAAUCUGUUUUAUCGGCUGUAAAUGACUUGUCUCCAUACGAUACUUGUGCUCCCGUUCCAUCUGGUACAAGAGAGAUAGCAUUUGAUUUGGGAGGCUGUUUUCAAAUCAAUGAACUGAUAAUUAACUUUAAUAUUUCCUCAUUAUUGGACACAAUUCAGAUGUUCGAUAUCAAGGUGUACUCUGAUGGAGAAGAAGAUGACAUUGAUAAUUGCGUCAUAGGAGCAAGUGUACAACAUUCCAUUCCUGUUCUUUAUGGGUGUGGAGAUUCUGUGUUUGGGGAUCGUGUGGCUAUCGUUUUAGAAAGCAUUCCUCAACCAGAUUGGAAAAUUUGUAACGUUGAGAUUUACACAUCACACGUACCAAAUAACCUAACAGCAUGUUCCAACAGAAAUAUUCAUUCAACAACUGAUGACAUUGUCACAACGAAUGCUGGAACAAUCACAACUGAUGACAUUGUCACAACGAAUACUGGACCCAUCACAACUGAUGACAUUGUCACAACGAAUGCUGGACCCAUCACAACUGAUGACAUUGUCACAACGAAUGCUGGACCCAUCACAACUGAUGACAUUGUCAAAACGAAUACUGGAACUAUCACAACUGAUGACAUUGUCACAACGAAUGCUGGACCCAUCACAACUGAUGACAUUGUCAAAACGAAUACUGGAACUAUCACAACUGAUGACAUUGUUACAACGAAUACUGGAACUAUCACAACUGAUGACAUUGUUACAACGAAUACUGGACCCAUCACAACUGAUGACAUUGUCACAACGAAUGCUGGACCCAUCACAACUGAUGACAUUGUCACAACGAAUGCUGGACCCAUCACAACUGAUGACAUUGUCAAAACGAAUACUGGAACUAUCACAACUGAUGACAUUGUCACAACGAAUGCUGGACCCAUCACAACUGAUGACAUUGUCAAAACGAAUACUGGAACUAUCACAACUGAUGACAUUGUUACAACGAAUACUGGAACUAUCACAACUGAUGACAUUGUUACAACGAAUACUGAAUCCACCAUAACUGAUGAUAUUGUCACAACGAGCACUAGAACCACCAAAAGAACUGAUGAAACCCCUCAUGAGUCGUCACCAAAAAACACCAUCGCCAAGACUACGCCUCUAAUGAUUGUAUUUAAAGACGUAGCAGAGGAAGCUGAAAAGGCUGAUGAAUAUGUAUAUAUUAAGAGAAUCGAGUAUGAGCCAAGUGAAGCGAAAUAUGCUUCUGCUGUAGGAAUCCCUGUAUGUGUUCCGCCAAUUAUCUUUAUUUCGAUUGUCAUUAUUCUAGACCUUCCAAAGAUUAUAAUGGAUAUCAAACAGGCUUACAAUUUAGUUGUAUAUGGCACAAAUAAGAAACCAAAGGUUAUUUCGAAAGCACCAAUAUUAAAGGAGACUGAACCUAAAUAUUGAAAUGAAAAUAGCAAAACAUAAGGCUUAUUGAUAGAUAUUUUGGUCAUACGAUAUCUGUUACUUUUCAUAUCGAUGUAAUUGUUGUACACCUGUUUUUGUAGAAGAUACAUGUACAUACAAUCAUUUCCAUUAAAAUACUGUGCUGUACAAAAAGCUUUACUUGACAAACGAAUGUUUAAUUCAAUUAGAAAAUGUCAAAACAAAUGAGCACCUUGAGGUUCAACUGUCCAACACCCGGCAAAAAGCUAAAAGGAAAUUCAUAAGUAUACGUGAGAACCUUUUGGCUACACUCCCCUCAGUCCAUAAGUUUGGCAACCUUAGCUCCCUCAUUGAACUACGUGUUAAGGCCUCUUUAUGCUUGAAUUUUCAUUUACAUAACCUGUGAAGAAAAUACUUAUAAUAUUGAUG